AUGAAAAAGAAACUAGGCCAAGAAGUAGGUAAGAUUUUUGCUGAUAAAAGUCGUGGUUUGUUUAGUGCUGAUGAUUGGCAGUGCCUCAAAUGUGGAAAUGUUAAUUGGGCUAGAAGACAGCAGUGUAAUGUGUGUAAUGCACCAAAGUUUGGUGAAGUUGAAGAGAGGACAGGUUAUGGAGGUGGUUAUAAUGAUAGAGGUGUAGUGGAGUAUAUACAGAGGGAAGAUUCUGAUAGUGAGUAUGAUGAAUUUGGAAGGAGGAAAAAGAAGAAAAAAGAUAAAAAAUCUUCAGAUGAGGAUGACAGCAACAAUGUCGAGGAAGUUGCCCAUAAAUUAGCAAAUGAGGAUGAAGAAGAGGAAGAUGAUGAUGAUGAUGACGACUUGUCCAAAUAUGAUUUGAGUGAUUGGGGAACUAAUGAUGAUGAACCAAAAGAGGAUAAGAAUGAUCUGCCAUCUAAGAAAAAUGCUGCUAAAGAGAGUCGAUCGAGGUCAAGAUCUCCUGCUUGGAAACGCACAUGA